GCAACCCAAAGAAACUCUAGGAUUCUUUCGUUUAAAAGAUAAAGAACCCCGGGAGAAAUUCCGGGAAACCGUUCCUACCAGCAUGGUAGGCAUGACUUGUCGCUUCCGCACAUGCUGCACCUUUGCUUGGCUGUGGCUAGCGCGAUGCAGCACUGAGCUGCCAUUGGAAGACGAUUGCCAAGAGGAUUGUGGGCUAAACGCCCUGCAGAUGAAAGCAACUAAGGACUCGGCUCAAUGGCAUGGACAUUGUCAUGGGCCUCCGGGUGAUGCCUGGUGUUACACAAAGGACGAGCGUUUGUGUCUUGAACGCCGCUGCGAAUGGAUUGUGGACGGGACGACUCCAGAACCUGCGUGGGAGAAAUCUGAAUUCCGCGGCAACUGUGUCAGAAUGGGUCCGCAACAGCAAUGCUUCGGCGAUGCCACGGUUGAGAUGACCCAGGAAUUGUCUUGCGAGACGACGCCAGGGUGCACGUGGACGGGCAACACCUUUUCAGUGACCAUGGCACCAAUACCCGGUAUGCCGACUAUGGCGCCAAUGCAACCCUUGGGGGGAAACUGUAUUGGCACGCCCAUGAACCAACCGAACUGCUUUGGAUUGCCGGAAUGGGCCUGCAGGGGCAACACAGGCUGCAGCUGGAACAAUUACUGGAUGUAUUAAUCCAGCAGUGCAGCCGAUGGUUGGAAAGCCAAAGGGUGUCAUCCAACCAGAAAUGGCUUAGAGAAUCAUAUGGUGUCUGACAACGGUGGGAUCAAACACGAUUCAACCCCAGUUUAUGGCUUUAAUAGGGAGCUAUUAGGAUAAACCGGCAAAUUCCGCGGCACCUUUUUUUCAGACGAAACCAUAUGCGCAGUGCUACGGGCACAUCUGGCUCUUGCAAAGUCGAGGUGUGCCACCAAAAGCUGGUAAUGGCUUUGGUUCAAAAAAAAAUCCGAAGCCGUUGGAAGGUGCAUGGCAGUUGGUGAGCAGCAACCCAGGUGCACAUCAGUAUAACACGCUAUGCAUGAAAAACCGCUUACAAAA